UCAAGGAGGCAAUAUUUGAUUUCAGAACAGAAGAGAGUAAAUACUGAAUAGUGCUUUUUUGGCUGAUUUUAUCUGUUUCUUCGUUCGAACAACUGUCUUGUAUUGAUUAAGUGAAUCGACACAGAUUAUGCGGAUAGCUACGGUUUUGUACGGAGAUUACCGAACGAGGAGCUACUUCCGUAAUCUGUGGUAAGUGACAACUGUAGCAGAAAUAAACAGACGUUUCCUGAAAAGCAAAGGAAAAAAAAUGAUCGGUCGAAUGAUGCGAAGUGCCAGUAAGCGCAGCGAUAAUGUGCUGUUAUGUUUGCUAGUUAUUGUUUUCUUCUGCGUAUAUCGCGUCCGAGCAGAAGACAUCCAGUAUUGUUCAUUCUUCAGUAACCGUGCACCGUCGCCGCAACCAACUCUGAAGAACUGCACAUGGUUUAAGAGUAACAGUUGCUGUAUGCAAGAAGAAAUUGCUGCCACCUUCGGUAAUGUCAAACCAUUACCUGGUGCCAACGAAAAAUGUCAGAACUACCUUAACUACCUAAUGUGUUACAUCUGUGCCCCAAACCAAAAUGUAUUCUACCUUCGUGAGAGAUUGACCGUUUGUAAAGAAUUCUGCAAUAAUUUCUAUGAAGCUUGUCGUUACGCCAUUUUGAAGGGAUCAGUCAUUGGAAAUUUAUACCCUAAUGGCAGUGAAUUCUGUCUCAGUCGGAGCUUUAAAGUGGACGAUGCCAGCAAUGGUAAAUGUUUCAACCAUGACUUUCAGGAGGAAACUACUGAUGGUGUAAUGUAUACUGUCUAUCCUCUGCUCGAACUACUAAUUGGAGCACUGUUGUUACAAUGCCUUCUAGUCUGGGAAAGCUGGUCUGUAGGUGGCAUAAAAGACGAUCUCUAUUGCACCACAGAAUCUACAUCAGACCUAGGUUUAACUGGAGUGAAUGACCAUAUGCAAUUCCAUAUUCUAAGGAAAAGAAAAAACUUGAUUACCAUUUCAUUUAAAUUUAUUUAAAAUUUUCUUGUGUCUAUCAAUAUAAUAUCUUGGAAAGCAGACUUGUGCAAUGUUCUUUAAAAUACCAAUAUCAUAUGGUCUUGAAUUUAUACACUGUUUUUUCUUUGGAAGUUUGGUUACUUUUGAAGAAUCAUAAUCAUUUUGAUGACAGUUUUCAGAAAUUUGGAAUGUCCCAAGUUUGUGUCGCUCAUUAUUGGUUUGAUUAGUAAACAUUAAAUAAAUAUGAUACAGUGUAAAGCCAGCAAUCAGGAGAGAGAGAACAGACAGUGAAGCCAUUAG